AUUGUAAGGGUGGGAUUUCCAGGCUUUCACAGAGCUCUAUGUAUUCCUGCCUCUCUAUCUUAGGAUCUAUGCGGCUUCAACGAUAGCAAAGACGGACUGGUUGUACCUUUCAUAGCCAAACAACGGCCACUAUACUGGACACUGGAUCAUUUUUCUACAUGCGUCUCCAAUCGGAAUAAAUAAUUGAGGAAUGUGGAAAUUACAGAAUGCCCAACAGCGCUGGAAAGAGAUUUAAACCCACCAAAUACAUCCCAGUGUCCACUGCUGCCACACUCCUUGUGGGUUCGACCACUUUAUUUUUCGUUUUCACGUGCCCCUGGUUGACGAAGGUGAUCUCCCCCGCUGUGCCUCUCUACAAUGGCCUGGUCUUCCUCUUUGUGUUGGCCAACUUCAGCAUGGCAACCUUCAUGGACCCUGGUGUUUACCCCAGAGCGGACGAGGACGAGGACAAGGACGAUGAUUUCCGAGCGCCGCUCUACAAGAACGUGGAGAUCAAGGGUAUUCAGGUCCGGAUGAAGUGGUGCGCCACCUGCCACUUCUACAGGCCGCCUCGCUGCUCGCACUGCAGCGUCUGUGACAACUGUGUGGAGGACUUUGACCACCACUGUCCCUGGGUGAACAACUGCAUCGGACGGAGGAACUACCGCUACUUCUUCCUUUUCCUGCUGUCGCUGAGCAUCCACAUGAUGGGAGUCUUUUCCUUCGGCCUCAUCUUUGUGCUCCACCACCGAGAGAAGCUGGGAGCGCUGCACACCACUGUCACACUGGUGGUGAUGUGUAUAGCAGGGCUUUUCUUCAUUCCAGUCAUGGGACUCACAGGUUUCCAUAUGGUGCUCGUGGCUCGAGGGCGAACAACCAAUGAACAGGUGACGGGCAAGUUUCGUGGGGGAGUAAAUCCCUUCACCAAGGGUUGCUGUGGCAACGUGGAGUACGUCUUAUGUAGUCCUCUGGCACCUAGGUACAUGCUGGACCCCAGGAAAAAACCCCACAUCAAAAUUCAGCCCCCAUUCAUCAGACCAGACCUCUCAGAAAGGCAAAUAACCAUUAAGAUCAGUGACAACGGCGUCCAUGGCACCAUCAUCAGCUCUAAGUCCAAAAGCAGCCUGGAUGGCCUGGAUGACAAAGAAACCCAGCCGCCGCUGCCACCUAAAGCUGACAGGUACAACCAGCUGAAGAGCCAGCUGACCUCCAGUGAAGAUGGUUCCCUUUCUGGUAAAACCCACCCCUCCACUCCAGCCAUGUACAAAUUCAGGCCGUCCUUUGGCACCAUGCCGAAAGUCCACUACCACACUGCCGGAGAGAAGAUUAUCAUGCCAGAUGACCGGAAAACAUCAGCCAUCUUGGAAGAGGGUGUUCGUGGUCACGACUACCGAUCUGAGCCCAACCUGGACCUGCCAGAGUACACCAAUGCUCCCCUCCACCGAACUUUCCAGUCCUCUCCCCUCCAGCUGGACUCUGACCCCAUCAACUCUCGCUCUCUCAGCCUGAAGCAGGGUCACCGCCGACCGGAGAAAGGCCAGCUCCCGGCCCUGCAUCCGCAUACAGUAACAUCCACCCCCUACAAGAGUGUCUUCUCACCCAACACGCUCUCCAACCGUAAUGGUAGCCUGUCCUAUGACAGCCUGCUAAACCCCAGCAUCUCCCCAGCCACUGCCAGCGAGUGCAUGGCCCAUCGUGGUAUGCCCACCAUGGGGUUCCACUCGCCCUACCUGCCCACCAAAAUGUGCCACAUCCGGGAACCUGAAAUGCAGAGGCAGCAGGUUGCCCCUGCCUACAGUCCAGUGAUGCCACCCAGAGGAGUGGGCAGGCAAUCCCCUCACCUUAGGGACAGGGACCCAUCCCCGGUGCGCUAUGACAACCUCUCCCAGACCAUCAUGGCCUCCAUCCAGGAGCGAAAGGAGAUGGAGGAGAGGGAGAAGCGGCAGAUGCUGCACGGGCGCUCCCAGACCCACAUUUAUGCCCAGGACUCUGGCAUGUUUGAUGGCGGCUAUGGCCUACCCCCCAAUGCUUGCUAUCCAGAUGGGCCUCGCGGCCCCGGCUCCAGAGGCCCAACACCCCCAGCCUAUGGAGGCUCCAGGGACAACCUGAUGGGGGUCGGGGUGGUGAGCUACGGCCAGCGAACCCCUGUGUUGCGCCAUGCCGGCUCCACGCUGGGCCGCGCCCCUAGGACUUCAUCCACCUCCUUGCACACAGAUCACAGUAGCUCUAACAGCAGCCAGACCAGGGCCUCAGGCCUUGAGGGCCCCUAUCGCUCCCCGGCUCACCAGCCCCACUCCCCUGCUAUGCCCCGAUCCCCCUCCUACUCUCAUCAGAAACUCUCCUACAUCAGUGCCCUUGAGAGGACAGACUCACCUCGUCUGGGGGGCCCAAGAGAGGCCAUGAAAGUUAAUGGGCAGAUGGACUGCCACCCCAGCACCCAGGGUGUCACCCUCAGCCCCAGUCGCCACAGUAACGUCAAAAAGGUGACAGGCGUAGGAGGCACCACGUAUGAGAUAUCUGUGUGAGCAGGGACACUGCAUCCACCUCCAACAACAACGGCCACCCUGCUACAAAGAGAUUGUCUCCUCUUAUUUCUUUUGAAGUCUAGAUAACGACCAGUCGGGGGCACACAGCGCUGCCUGUUUUUGGACUCAAUGUCCAAUCAGAGGCUCUGUCUGCUCCUGUGUAGGUCUGUCUAGCCAAAUGCCCGUGUGUGUUUGUACCUGAGGGAUUGGUUGUCAGUUGAUACCGCUGUAGUCUGUACUGUAUGUGUGAGGAGUGUCUUGUCCUAAACAUCUUUGUGGCUCAUCAUCUUGGUUGUAAGAGUGGACCGUCCAACAAGAUCGUCAAAUGUUAUUACUGUUGUCUCUCAGAUGUGGUCACGAAGCGUACGUUGUUGAAAAUGUCACACAAACUUUGCUCCAAGAAGCGCUGACGGAAACAAAAACACUACAGACGAAUCAAACACUGACAUCCUCGCUGUGGACUUCUGUGAGAAGAGAUUAAUGUCAAUUCACCUCAAGAAGUCAAGGUGCUUCACAUUAACCCGUUCUGCUCAUGUCAUCUCCAGCAUAUGUGGUGGAGCCGUACAGCUUUGGGAAGUGAUGGAGGACAGAUCAGUUAGGUUUAACCUGAGUACAGGAAACGCAACCCGAGUGAGACGAGGAGCUGGGAGAGGGGAUAUCGAGGGGAAUUUCAUCGGAUCAUGUCUGGUGGUUGCAUUCCAAAUUCAUUGAGAAAGGCUUUGCUUUUAAUUCAAAGUAAAACAAACUGCAACUACAUCUUUGUGAAAAAGAAUUUUCUCAGGAAUGAAUGCAAGCAGCGGAGAUGUUAGGCGAUAUGAAUUCAUGAAUCAUGAAUGUCUGCUUCUUUGUCUCAGUCUAGUGCAGAUAUUUAGGGCUUGAGUAUAGCUUAGCCCCCUUUAUUCCCUUCAUGAAGGUGCAGUUCAUCAUCAUAAGCUUCUGUUUGUUUUAGUCAAGUUCAGUUAGGUGAGUUCAACAUAAUCCAUGACACAAGAGCUGGGCUGAUACAUGUGAGCUCUGAAAGAUCAGAAUACCUCAUCCCAACGGUUCUCACAUAGUUCAGAGCGAGUCCAGCCUUGCACUACCAAAACAACUUUUCUGUUAAUGUGUUUUGUUUGUAAUUUAUGUUUGUGUUAUAAUCAUAGGAUUCGAAGGGUGAAGAAAAACAAGCCAUUGUCCCAUGUGGUAAAAUGAAGAUAACUGGUCACCCAUUCAUUAUUUUGUAGUUUUUUUUUUAAUCGGUUUGUUUCCUUUUUAUAUACCCAACCUUUCAAAAAACUAUGUUUGAUACAUCUUUUUUAUACAGAUACUUAACCCUGGAAUGGAUGUUUUAUUUUGAGUGGAGUUUUUUUUGUUGAUAAAUUAUAUAUACAUAUAAAUAAAUGAGAUCAUGAAUAAUGGGUAAAAUCUAUAAAGUAAAUAUAGCUUGUUCUACCUUGCAGUGUAAAAAAAAUAAAAAAGAAAGAUGAAAUGUAAUUAGCUGAUAUGUGAUUUUGAGGAAGUGAAAUAUUAAAGUCACCAUCUUUGACUAGUGAACAGUCACAUGGUCCACACUGCACUGCCAACAAGUGCUGUACACAAGUGAAGGAUUGGGCUUUCAGUAGAAGCAGCCUUGAGAUUUCAGUGCCAAAAGUGGCGACACACCCCCCUUAUUUCUCAAAGACAGCAAACAGGUGACAUCGCUACUAUGUGCAGCAGCUGUCUGGUACAGCUUCAGUAUUAUGCGCCACUCAGACUUACAAUGGAACUUUUUUUGUUUGUUUUUUUGCUGUUAAUUAAAAAAAAAGUAUGAUAACACUUAUUACUUUUGACCAUAAAAAAAUGAACUGAUAAUAUCUAAGUUGAAGAUUUUUAUUAAUAUUUUGCACCAACUGAAUAUGUUGAAACAUGUCAGAAUUGACUUUGAUGUUAAGCAGUAGAUUUGGUCCCGCUACAUUUGCAUUAAGAAUAAACCAGAUGCCUUUGGAGAGGAAAAGCGAUUUCAUGCACAAUGAAAUGUGGCUGGUUAAAACAUUGUUGUACAUUAAGGGAAAAUCAACGUUUUCUAUUGAGCAACAAACGGCAGGAGUGACAUAACUCUGGGUAGACUUUAAAAUUUUGACAACAGAAAGUUGUGGAAGGACAGCCAAUGUACAAAGUGAUACCUGUUCAUCUUAAUUAUGAAAUUACAUUACUUUUUACAGGAUUUUUUUUUUCCUGCUUUCUGAUAUAUUCAUAGUUUCCUUUCUCCAGAGAUCAGUGUAUAGGCUGGUAGCUGUGGUGGAGUCUUGCUUUCUGACGAGGUUGGAUGUUACCGAAACUGGCUGUAGUUACAACCUUCUGAUUAGUAUGAUCUCCCUUUCAAGGUCUCACCCAGCUGCCUUACCAUGAACACAGUGAUGUGAAGUAACACAGGAUACUCUAUUCAAGUCAUGUAUUUCUGAAUUGUUGAUAACUGUUUCUGAUCCGAGGCUGUGGUACACAGGGCUACUUUUAUGGCAAAUCUAAUGAGUGUCAGUGAAACAGCUAACAGGAGCAUCUUGAAAUACCUGAGUAGACUGUUAGAUGCUGAGUUGCCCGAGCAUACCCCAGUCUAUGAUGAUUUUCAGACCCCCGUUUGACCACAUAUCAAAAGCACUGUCGAUGUCAUUCCUCUUUAAGAUGACUGCCAUUAGUCCAAUGUUCUUGUUUUAGGGAUGGACAUCACUGCAGGUCAGGGACCAUUCCUGACAGUGAGCAAUGAAUCUGUUCUAUCACGAGGUGAUUUUUGUUUUCUGAAACUCAAAUAGAAAAUGUAUCAAAAUAUAGAAUAUACUAUAAAUGUACAUGCGUUCCUAUUUUUGUGAAGAGGAAAUAUUUCCCAAUGACCUGAGCAGAGUAAA